CCACUGUAUGCACGCGUCCUGUGUGUGUCACUGACUCGUAAAAAUACGAGCUCAGUGAUUCGUCUUUCCUAGUCUCGCAGCACAGGUAUGCAGGUAAACCUCGUUCACUGCAUGGACCGGCCGUGGGAUACGGUCCAGUGACGUCUCAACACCUAUAUACGGUCCACACAGGUUAAUAUACCAUUGUCUAUUGCAGUAGUGAUAACAUCAGCGAUUGCACGGUAUUAACGCAGUGGUGAUAACAACCGAAUGCGGAGUUGAUGACGAAGUGGCUUGAAUACUGUCUGUAUACUUAUAGUCCAUCAUUUACUGCUGUGUCGGGACUCUGUGAAUUGACUUCAGCCACUGAUUGGAAUAUUUCAUAAUGACUUGGACAGAAGCUCAUGUGUGUUUAAGCUGCCUGCUAAGCCUGGCUUUCCUGCCAGUGGUUUCGUCCACCAUUUUAAAGGCGAAGUUCGAUACCAAUGGCGUCAGUGGAACGCUAACCUUCUCCCAGAGGUCGGCCGGCCUGAUAACCAUUAUAUCAGGAUCUUUAACUGGUCUAAGCUCCACAGCUACUUGGGAGAUUCGUACACUUCCGGUUCGACUCGAUGUGGCCGACAGAUGUGGCCGACUUGGACAGAGAUAUACCGCUCUGGGAGGCACGUUACCUGUCGGCAAUAUACCGGUAGCAAACCUUAACGAUCUUAAUACCAUAUACGGUCGAUCCGUAGUUGUGACCAACACGCAGAAUCCCACUAUGCUAUCUUGUGCCACCCUGGAGGCGGACGACAUGAUCACCAUGACUGCACGUUUCAAAAACACCAUCGGUGGGGAGGUAGUUUUCCGCCAGCCAUCCGCCCAAUCCACUGAUCCGAUUUCGAUUUAUGUGGACCUAUACCACCUUAAGGAUAUCUCCACUGCAACGGAUACUUUCCGAAAAUGGACAAUAUACGAUAAAGAAAUACAGGACAGUGACAGUGUGGAGAGCUGGUGUCAGAACCUCGGUAAUGUCUUCAAUCCAACAUCGGCAACAGGAACCGGAUGUUCUCCCCAGUCUCAUCAAAAUUGCAAAGCGGGUGAUUUAAGCGGAAAACAUAGUGCAGUGACGGUGUCUACUAAUAAAGGGAGUGUGGUUCAGAUGUUCCUGGACACGAAAUUAAGUAUUGGUGCGAUGUAUUCGGCCGAAGGUAAAACUCUAGUUGUUGAAACAACAGGGUCAGUUCCAGUGGCAUGUGCUAAAAUAAUCAAGUAUUCCACAAGAACAGCAAAGGUUAUGAUAAGUAGGAAUGACAUCAAAGGUGCUAUGUCAUUUUCCCAGAAGUCCCCAUUCGACUGGACGGAAGUUAGUGUAAAUCUGACGGGUUUGGCUAGCAUGGCAGGCGGAUACCAUAUCCAUAAUUACCCAGUCCCUCUUAAGAUGAGAAAAGGUCAGGAGAUAUGCGGCCAGGAGUACGUUGGUGGCCAUUUUAACCCUUUUAAUGUGGACGGGACACUUCCAGCCCCGCGGGCGGGCACCAAGGACCAGUAUGAGGUAGGAGACCUCAGUAACAAAUACGGACUGCUGAACGGACUUCCGGAAUUGAUCAUUACCCAAGCAGACUCCAACCUACCACUGUUUGGUAUGAACAGUGUGAUUGGACGCUCCGUAGUGAUUCACAAACAGUCCGGAUCGCGUUGGAUCUGUGAUACAAUCGAAUCCGAGGCCAGCGUCCUGCAGGCAGUUGCCACGUUCAAGUAUCCGAUCAUCGGCUAUAUAUUUCUGCGCCAACCCCAAGUGAACGGGCCGCUGUCAGAAACCCAGGUGUACAUGGAACUCGAUUACGGUAAUUCUGCCACGCCGAUGGCCACCGUCGAUCAUAAUUGGCACAUCCAUGUAAAUCGUAUUAACGAGGCGUUCGGGAUGAACGUAUCCCAGAGAUGUUCGUCGGUCGGAGGUCACUAUAACCCCUACUCCGUCGACUUGGGUGGAAAUUAUGGCCAGCAAUGUAACCCAAACAAUCAGCUACGUUGUGAGCUAGGCGACCUGUCUGGUAAACACGGUAAGCUAAACGUUCGGACACAGCUUGGAGGAAAGACCCGGAUGUUCUUCACAGACACCGAUCUACCUCUCUCCGGACCUAACAGUGUCCUAGGUCGGUCAAUAGUCAUACACAAUGCCAAUUCUGGGGCUCCACGACUAGCAUGCGCAAACCUUUACAACACCCCAACCAGAAUAACCAAAUUAGAAAACUGGUCCAAAAGUUCAUACACAGGAACAACUGUAUUCAACUCCAAUACCCCUGGCUUUUUGGACGGACCAACUUCUGUCAGUAUAAAUCUAAUGGGACUAGACGGUAUGGCCAGUGGAUAUCACGUGCACAAGUAUCCGGUACCAUCCACAGCUUCCUGUUCCGCCACUUCUGUUGGCGGCCAUUACAACCCUCUCUCAAUGGUAGGCACCCCAGCCGACAAGACAGACGAUAUGUACGAAAUCGGCGACUUGAGCGGAAAAUACAAUAAUUUGCUGAAUGGAAAGAGCAGUGUGAUGUGGACGAGUGUCGAUACAAACCUGCCCGUCAGAGGGAGCCACAGUGUCGUCGGGCGCUCUGUUGUGGUGCAUUUCAAUAACGGAACCCGGUGGAAAUGUGCGAAUAUUGUGGAGGACACUACCACUUCCGGUGGCGAAAUGUUCACCGCUAAGGUCGCGUUCAAAGGAGAAGUAGUUGGUAACAUUAUCUUGACGCAGUACCAGUACCCGGAUGGUGGAUUCAGUGACACAGGAAUACUCAUAGAUUUGAAAUACGCAUCAAACGACACCUUAAUUACACACGGUCAUAAAUGGCACGUGCACGAGAAACCAAUGACCGGAGACUGUAACAGUGCUGGACCCCACUACAAUCCCUUCAUGGUGGACCUGACAAAUUAUACUGAGUGUUCCCCUUACAACCAACUACGGUGUGAAGCAGGCGACCUGUCCUCUAAGACAGCCGUGUACGACAUCGGGUAUGGCAAGCGUUUCUAUACUGAUGUAAACCUAAACAUCGUCGAAGACUUCGGAGUGGUCGGAAGGUCUAUAGUAAUACACCAAGCCAACAAUGGCGGUCCCAGAUAUGUGUGUGGUGACAUAUUGCCGGAAACCAGCUACAGUGAAAGAAUGAACUUCCAAUUGUCAACUGUGAUGGUCGAUAAGUCGUCAAUGAUGACCACCAUUGCAGCCGCUCUUAAUUCCCGACCAAACAACAUGGCGUUAAUGCAGAUGUCAGACGGACCCGGAUGUGUGGAAGUUGACGUCAUGUUUACAGGAGCCAAUGCGGAGAGGAUGCGGGCGGACCUCCACGCUAUGGUGAUGCGAAAUGACCCGACAUUGGGCGUGUACGCACCCUCCCCGUCAGUCUGUGGAGCAGCGAAAGGCUACGUAAACAAUAUUGUCGUGCCAACAGGACUGGAGUUUCUUUUUCGUUGGUGGCUGUUCUUCUUUCCUUAUUCCUCCAGCGUCUGAUGUCCCUGGCUUAGAAGUCUUCUGCGUCAGAUUCUUCAUUGUCACGUGACUCGUCAGACCUUUUUCAAUUCGCCAUUACAUAUGACGCCGAUGAGUUACAAACAUUGUCUUCCAGUUCCGUGAUCAAAGACAACAGUAUUGUAGAUAUGGAACUUUAUCAUGCAGGAAUCACAAAACAUAGGAUAUUAGCAUUUCUCCCGUACAGGGGCAACCACAUGUAAGACAUUAUCAGUGCCCACAUACAUGGAUCAUAAAAUAUUGUAUAUAAGAUAUUACCAUUUCCCCCAUGCCGCGGCGACCAGAAAUAAGACAUUAAACUUUCUAUAUCCCUUGUAACCAGGGCAACCUGGUCUCCAUUACGGUUCAUAGACGUUGUAAAUAAGAUAGGUAAGGUUAUUAUUGCAUUAUUGAUCAAGACUAGCAAAGUGUUUAUAUAAUAGUUACAUCAUUGUGUCGCCUUAAACAUUUUUAAUUAUGGUAAGUUGUGACUGAAUGAUGUACAAUUGCAGUAAAAUUGUACAUACACCUUAAGUUAUUUUGAUAUUUACCAUAAUAGUGCUAUAGAUAGUACAUAUACUACAGACAGUUAUUUCGAACCCACGGUUAUGAUGAAGUCGAUUUAGGGCGGGGAACUUGAACUAGAAUCGGUGAAGUAUUGGAAGGAAUUUGUAAGGUUAUGUGACAAAGACAUUUGAAUUCACAUAUCAUGUGUAGUCGUACAUUUUCUCCACAUUUUAGUUGCUGAAACUUUGACUCGUGAAACUAUACUUUAUGAAGUAAUGCUCCUUUUUUUCUUCAUCAUAAAUUUUCGUUUCUGGAACCUGGUGCUGAUUUAACAAUGUUAUGUUUGCCAUGAAACAUGGUGUUAAGGGUAUAUGCUACCUUGUUUCUACAUACAUUUUCUCUUCAAACACAGAACAAGUAACAGAACAGUCGGGCAAUUCUGUUUGGUGUGGUCAAAUUAAAUUAUUUCAAGGGAUAUAAUUCGUACACAGGUAUAAUGUGUGAGGGAGAAAGCCUUUCCAUAUGGAAGGAUGGAAAGCAUAGAAAAAAUAUUUACAUAUAUGAUAAAUAUAAGGUGUAAGGGAGAUAACUCUAACACAAAUUACAGGUGUCAUCUCAAUCGGGAACUGUCGGCACUUUCCGUUAACGAGAACGGAAAGUGCCGACGCUUCCCGAAUGGUAUUAUCUCUAACUCAAAUUCUUGAUAUAAUGUGAAAGGGAGACAACUCUUAUGCCAAUGACAGGUUUGUAUAAGGUAGCAUAUGUCCUUAAGUGUGUAGGGCGGAUGUCACAGAUUUGUAGUUUAUAAGUACUUAAUGCCCUGGUCCAUUACCAUAACCAGCCCAGCUGUUUCUUAAGAAGUAGGACGUCAAUAACGUUUAAAUGCACACGGAUCCUUUCUGCUAAAUUUGAUGUGUCUACGUUGAUGUUGUUAUGAUGACGGAGCGUAAGAACGUUGGUAUGUGUGAUGUGCUUGUGUGGGUAUGGAGGCAGCUUAUGCAUGGCUUGAUUAUGUUACCCUGCGGUCAUUACAUCUGUGACGACGAUAUUUGUAGACUGAAUUGGCCUGUUAAUACAUGUGUUUUUUCUACCUCAUUGCUUAUACGUCUUAACGAGAGAGAAGACAAACAUUUGUACCAAAUUCAGAGGAAUUUAACGUAAAGAGCUUUAAUAUACAGUCUGAUAUUACAUGCCCAUUCAUAUAUUUUUCUAAUAUAUUGUCGUGUUGUCGGAAACCAUUAUAGGCCUCCAACUGAUUAUAAAGCUGAUGUAUUUGUAUUCAUCCUAUCAAAGUCCUUAAAAUAGAAACUCCUGCUCAAAAUGAAAGGGGAAGAGUACUUCUUAAAAUGCAGAUUUAAUUAUUUCGUGAUUUAUUCUUAGAACGCUAGACCAAGUUAUGAAAUAUCAGCAAAGUCUUGUGAUAAUACUAUAUGUAAUUUGAAGAUUGGGCACCAAGUGUUACUCAUCAGAACCAUCUAGUAAAUUUACUAGGGCUGCAACGAUACGCAUACCUCACGAUACGAUGCUUACGAUACGAUACGUAUCACGAUACAAAUAUAUGAUUAAAAGGUCAAUUUCAUAAUGAUUGAGUGUAAUUUUAUCGAGUUUUGUCACAGACUUCAAUAGUAAAUACUACCUAAAUAUAUUUUUGUUUAAUUUCUAGUACUUUUGGGUAAAUAUGAACAGUGGACAACAUCUUUACUGAAGGGUUCAAUAAAAUUAAUAUAAGUACACUUUAUUUAGGAGUUUCAUAAAAAUCUAUUGAUAAUUUAAGUACUGUUUCUCGAUGCAUGCAAACAAAACAAAUCGAUACGAUACAAAAGAAAGUAUCGCGAUACGAUACACAAGAAAGUAUCGCGAUACGAUAUAUCGUUGCAGUCCUAAAAUAUACUACUAGCUAGCUUACAGACUUUGUUACAUUGUGUAUGUAUCCGUUAUAAGUCGACACACUAUCUAGGUGAACAGAAUGUAUAUGUCGGUCCAUUCUACCAAUGUCGACGUCACCAUACCCACACACGUACGUACCACUGCAGCUGUGAACAGUUUGGGUUAUAAUUAAGCAUGUGCGGCAAUAGACACCUUUCUAUUUGUAUGUUGUUUUCUGUGAAUAACUCCGCCAGCUGUGUAUAUUGUAUUGUGAUUAAACGGGUGAUGUUGAUAUUGUAUACAAAUCAUUAUAUGCUUAGCCUAUACAGGGAAAAUUCAUGUUAUCAUCUGAGGUAAUUCAUCCCGAUUUUCACAUUUCCAAACAAAAUAAACAUUCAUGUCAUGUUUGUCUAGAUCUGAAGAUUAUUUUAAAGAAUAUUUAAAAAUCUUUUUAUAACUACGCAUAUUUCUGCAAUGGUGAACUUCGAACACACUUCAAUUAGUGUUAUUGUCACAAUCAUAUUUGACGUUUUAGUUUUCUUUGUGGACCCUGUUGUCACGUGACAUCCUGAUCGGCAUGCGAUACCCUUUGUCACGUGAUACUGUUUCUCUAAUUGUCACGCGACACCCAUCACUUUCAUGUUAUAUUAGCCAUUUCGCU